AUGGAGCACUUCACCGUGCCGCGAAGCGCAUCAUCCUGCCCGUUCAUUAGACCCGUUCACUCUAAUGAUUCGCGCAGGCGCCCGUUCGUGAAUGUACGGGCAGGUGCAUCACCUGUCAGCAGGCAGUCUAUCGUGCGCCUUCGCGAAGUGACGAUGACAAAACUCAGGCACGUGUCGACGGACGUCGAAUUCACAUACAAAAACAACAACGACUACAGUCUUGAACUUACCCGUUGGUUCUUGAUGCCAAUCGGCAUUUGGCCACGAGCGAGCACAACCACAAGAGUGGAGAGGUUCUCGUCGCACGCGCAUAUUUUUACCUGCUCCGGCUUGAUAGCGAUCAUCGCAGUGCCGUGCUUGUUAUACGUGUCGUUGGAGGAGAAGGAUGUUCAAAUAAAAAUCAGCAUUUUCGGCCCGCUGAGCCACUGGUUUAUGGGCAUGAUUAAUUACUGGUUAUUGGUCGCGCACGGCGAUGACAUUCGGGAAUGUGUGCAACACAUGGAGAUGGACUGGAGACUUGUGCAGAAGAUCGAGGAUCAAGAGGUGAUGAUGCGACAAGCCAAGAUCGGUCGCUUCGUCUCCGGAUUUUGUGCAGUGUUCAUGCAGAGCGGCACAUUCCUCUUCGCCAUAGCCAAAUCAUUGACAACUACAAUCGUCGUCGUCGGCAAUGAGACUGUGUCGAUGCAUCCGAUGACUUGUCCGAUUUACACCAAGUUCAUCGACGUGAGAUUUAGUCCGGCGAAUGAGAUCAUGGUGGUUGUCCAGUUAAUUUCAUGUUUCGUUGUGAAUUCAGUCACAGUGGGCGCUUGCAGCCUCGACGCGGUUUUCGCUAUGCACGCGUACGGCCAACUGAACAUGCUGUUCUCAUGGUUGAACGGACUCGUCGUGGAUACAAAUAAUAAAAGGGAUCAGUCGGCGCAGCAAAGGUUGACCAUUAUCGUGGAGCAUCACUUGAGGGUGUUGAGUUUUAUAUCGCGUUUGGAGAGUCUUAUGCAAAAUAUCUGUCUUGUGGAAUUGUUGGGAUGUACGAUGAAUAUGUGUUUACUCGCAUAUUACUUUAUUACGAAUUGGGAUAUGUUUGACGCACCAAAAACAAUGUCAUAUGUCAUUAUAUAUCUGUCUAUGGCUUUUAACAUUUUUAUAUUUUGUUACAUUGGCGAAAUUCUUACGGACCAGUGCAAAAAUGUUGGUGAAAAGGUAUAUAUGAUUAACUGGUACGAAUUACCACAUAAAACUGCUGUUGAGCUUAUUUUGAUAAUAGCGCGAUCGAGUAACGUUAUCAAGAUGACUGCUGGAAAAUUAUUUCAAUUGUCUAUCGCAACUUUCGGUGAUGUUAUUAAGACUUCCGUGGUAUAUUUAAACAUGUUGCGAACUAUGACACCCUCAGUAUGA